UGAGAAAAGUCAAGUCCAGCCCGGCUCGACCAUCCGGAAACUACUUGACAGCGGACCCCAAUUAAUUACAGAACAAGCCCGCCCACGCUUCCAACCACCUCUCUCCAUCACCGUCGCCGAUUUUUCUCGACAGCCGGUCGGUCCCAGCUGGCUUGACCAUCCACUCGUUAUUCUUUUCUCACGUCCGAGGUCGCUGCGUGCCAACACUUCCCGCGCGGCUUAUCUUUAGAUCUGCUUCGUGCGCUCUUCGUUUCGAGGUCGCUGCCGGCUUCAGCAAACACCAUCGGAUUCAUAAGACUUGACGUCCGGUCCCGAAUCCCGGUUAAACACCAGCAAAAUGGGAGUUGAGGAAAAGUCUCGCGCAUCGGGCGACCAGCCCCGCGACCAGAACGGUCCCGUCCUUCCGACAGUAAACCCGGAGGCCGAGAAGUCGCAGCCUCCUAAGCCGUCACUACAUCCCGCUUUUUACGUGAGUGUUUGGAUCGCCUUGAGCUCCUCGGUCAUCCUCUUCAACAAAUGGAUCCUUUCCACACUCAACUUCAGCUACCCGGUGCUCUUGACCACCUAUCAUUUGACCUUUGCGACCAUCAUGACCCAACUCCUCGCACGAUACACAACUCUGCUGGAUGGCCGGAAGACGGUGAAGAUGACGGGCCGCGUCUACCUCCGUGCUAUCGUUCCGAUUGGCUUCUUCUUUAGCUUGAGCUUGAUCUGCGGCAACCUGACUUACCUCUACCUGAGUGUGGCCUUCAUUCAGAUGCUCAAGGCCACAACUCCUGUUGCUGUCCUCAUCUCCAGCUGGGCCCUCGGUGUCUCCCAGCCGAAUCUCAAGGUCUUCCUCAAUGUGUCGGCCAUUGUUAUUGGUGUCAUUAUUGCCUCAUUUGGAGAGAUCAAAUUCGUCUGGAUCGGUUUCAUCUACCAGAUUGCCGGCAUCAUUUUUGAGGCCCUCCGCCUGACCAUGGUCCAACGGCUCCUGAGCUCUGCUGAGUUCAAGAUGGAUCCCCUGGUCUCGCUGUACUACUUUGCGCCUGUGUGUGCCGCCAUGAACUUCGUCAUCGCACUUCUCUGGGAGGUCCCCAAGGUCAGCAUGGCCGAGAUCUACGACGUGGGCUUGUUCACCUUUUUCCUGAACGGCCUGUGUGCGUUCCUCCUGAAUGUGUCCGUCGUGUUUUUGAUCGGCAAGACAUCCUCUCUCGUCCUAACCCUCUGCGGUGUCCUUAAGGACGUCCUGCUCGUCGUUGCCUCGAUGAUCAUCUGGGGUACGCAGGUGACGGCGCUUCAGUUCUUCGGCUACAGCAUCGCUCUCGGCGGCAUGAUCUACUACAAGCUCGGCUACGACGCCAUCAAGGGUUAUGCGGGCGAGGCUAGCCGGCAGUGGGCCGACUUCGGCAACCGUCGCCCUAUCCUCCGCCGCCUGGCAGUGAUUCUUCUUGCUCUUAUGACUGUUUUCGUCCUCCUUGGUGGGCUUGCUCCCGCGGACAUCGACGCGACUCAGUACCUCAACGAGGCCAAAGAGAAGAUCGGCAUUACCAAGCUUUGAGAGAAGGUAUCGAAGAACGACAGCGCGUGGGUGGGGAAUCCAUUAGGCAUAUUUUUUUAAUUCCCCGUUCCACCAUACGACGAUUUAAUGCGAGUCCAAACACUUGGAGCAAGGGGUGUGCUUUCUCUAGGAACGUGCUGGACGGGUGAUCUCCCAGCCAUUGGGGCGGGAAAGGAGUGGAUGACACUGGCAGCUUUGAACUGACGACACGACAUGGCAGGGGACGGAUUUUUGGCGGGUACAUAAUUGCACUUAUCUUCUACCACCUUUUGUCCGGUUUCUUAUGGUUUUUGCUUCACCAUUCCCCUUUAGUUCUGCGAUUGUAAGGCUAGCGGUA